CCGAUGAGUGAUUCUGAGGGCUUCGAUGGAAAGUGUGAUGUGAUUCGAGGAAAAUGGCGCUGCUGAGAAUUUUCCCGCCCUUCUGGGUGUGGAUCGCGCUUCCGGUCAGCGGGAAGCCGAUGACAUAUCCGCUAAACAGGAUUCUCUUGGCCGGUUCCGAAACGACAACCUAUCCGCAAAUUCCGAAUUCAACGGUGUACACAAUAUUCGACGAAGUGACGACAUACCCUUACGAAGUGGAUACGCUAAUAUCGUGGCAGCAAGUCAACUCAAGUACUCAAGAUGAGCUCUGGAAUUCUUCUGAGAGCCUCAGCACCGGUCAGCCCGGUUCUGAGGACUGGGAAUUAGUCUCAAGCACGGCUGGUGGAACGAGUACUUUCCAGCAAGUGGUUCUCGGUGUCGCCCUCUACGCUUUGAGCUUUCUGACGCUGGCUGGCAACACCAUGGUUCUACAUGCCAUUCGGACAGAAAGACGUCUUCAAACGGUGAGCAACAUGUUCAUCAUGAGCCUUGCCGUCGCAGACCUGACGGUUGGCCUCAUUGUGAUGCCGAUCUCAUCCGCGUACGCUUUAGCGAACGAGUGGCAAAUGGGCGACUUCAUAUGUCUCUUCUGGCUCUCGGCCGAUUACACCGCGUCCACAGCAUCCAUUUUGAAUUUGUUCAUUCUGAGUCUUGACAGAUACUGGAGCAUAACAUCACCUUUGCGUUACAUGCGCAAACGAACGAAGAAAAGGGCGUUAGUGAUGAUCGCUUUCGUGUGGUUGGUGUCGGCCAUGUGGAUAAUUCCAAUCGUGUUCUGGGAAGACUGGGACCCAGACACCGUCGACGAACUCCCGGCGAGCUCGGCCGAGAGCAAAUUCUCGAAAAACUGCGAUACUAAGUUCAGCGACAACGUUCUGUUCAAGCUGACGGCUUCGACGCUCAACUUCUACAUUCCCAUGGUGCUCAUGAUCGUGUUGUACUUCAAGAUCUUCAUGGAAGUUAAGAAGAGGUCCAAAUUUGCCAUCGGCGAAAACCAGAUCUGUUACGCAACGCAGGCAGUUUGCUCGUCGCCCGGCCGCAGCAUUUCGCGGAAGGCGUUGGCCAAGGAUGUCGACUUCGUCAGCGAGGACAAUGAAUCAAUCUCCGCACACGAGGAACCGAACAAGGUCGGUGGGACGCCCAGCACUUCUUCCGGUUCGAACAACCACAAGCAUCUUGUCGUGGCGUCGGCCGCGACGGCCACGUCGACGCGGCCGGACAAGGGAAAGAGACGCAAACCAGAAGAAGACGGACUAUCGUCUGAGAACCCUCCCGACUGGGAAGAUGAGGGCAGCGGUAAUAGCCCCGAAAGCAAUAAAAGCACCGUGGUCGUCUCAAACACGUGCACGCCUUGUCUGAUGCACGUGCGGAACGACGCCCCGGUUGAACGUAAACGCAACCCCCCCGCCGGACAGGGAUCUACAUCGACAAGCGCAGUGAUUAUGCCAAACUCGAAUGGGAAUAGUAGUUUUUACUUUUCUAAAAAAAAGAGAAAACGCGACGGGAACUCUUUCCGCGAGAGCUAUGAACUCGAAAAGGUGCCUCGAGGCGGCUCGAACGCUUCUACCCCAGUGGAAAACGCGUCUACGGGUAACUCCAUGAAAAGACAGCGGCCACCGUUCCGUCUCAGGGUGACAAGGAACAACUACGCUGCGAAUUUGGGACAGCAGAAGAAAGCUGCCAGACAGCUCGGCGUUAUCAUCGGCGCUUUCGUGGCGUGCUGGCUGCCCUACAUUGUGGUUUUCAUCACAACGGCUAUUUGCCCGGCGUGUAUUUCUUCGUCGCUGCAUACAACCGUGAUAUGGUUGGGGUAUCUGAAUUCGACAAUUAAUCCAUUUCUGUACGCGUUGUGCAACGCCAACUUCAAAAUAGCCUUCAAAAAAAUGUUCUGUCACCACAAUCCGCACGCGUUCAUGCUGGGUCAUAGAUCCGUGGACAACAAAGUCGAUAACAACAUGUUUGCGUGACUCUAUCUUCCUCUUAUGCAUUUCUUCCAGAAUUAAUCGUAUCUAGUUCCUCUGCGUGACGCAGAAGUCCCAAGAUCCGUGUUCGACGAGAAAUAAGCUACUCUCGUUGGAUAACGGCAUCACUUUUCCAUCCUCGAAGUAUUUUUCUACGAAAAAAUGAUUAUUUUAU